CUGCAAUCCCAGUGGGUGAAAUGUGAUGUACACGACUGCGGAAAGCAGAUAGACGACUCCGUCAAUGCCGAGGGCGCGGCGGUGUGCAUGUUCCGCCAUGCUUCAUCCUCAUGAGAGGUGAAGGGGUGACGGACCUAGGUGCAUGAAACGGAAUGACGGUUUCAUUCGCUGUCAUGGCGCGUCGGAGCAGUGCGAUCUUGGAUGAUGCGGCGGCGGCGUACCAUCCCACCGAUGACGAUGCCACCGCGAUCUUGUCUCGUGCUGUAGACCCAUCGGGGCAGUUUGGAUGGACCCAGACCCUGGAAGAGCUGUAUGUGUAUGUGCCAGUGCGGCCUCGCAUCGUGCGCAAAGGCGUCAACGUCCUAGCAACGCAGUCCACCGACCAUUGGACACGAUCCCCCGUGUGCAUGCGCAGUUGGCGGCCCCUGUGCAGUGCGCAUUGUUGGACUGGGAGAUCGCGGCGCAGAAGGAGUCGAGUCCGUUCUACACACGCGCUGUGCUCGCGACGUCCACUGGCCCGUCCAUGGAAGUGUGCAUCACCCUGGUCAAGCAAGCGCCCGCGCGUUGGGGCUCUUUGUUCUCGUAGUACGUGGUUCCAGCACUCGACACAUCACGUCCAUCUUGCACUCGUUCUGCUCGUUAAGGCUAUACUCGUUAACGAGAACAGGUCCAGCCUAGAAUACUAUCCCACGUAACUUGGUUUCAACCUGCAUAUUCGUGGUCGAGAUAGAGCAUUCAUA